UUUUUGUAUGCUUUGAUUAAUUUGAUUUCAAGCAUUGAUGUAGUUGCUAAAAUAUUCAGGGAGAAAUUCCGCUUCAAGGAGACUUCUCUGCCGAACAUAUGAUCUUUGGAGUUGAGGAUGCUGACCCAGAUAGGAGAGACAAGUUAAUUGAGCUGCUUGAUAUCGAUCUGCAGUGGCGAAUGCACAAGGUAUCUGAUGGCCAGCGGCGUCGAGUGCAAAUCUGUCUUGGUCUUCUUUAUCCAUAUAAGGUUCUCUUGCUUGAUGAAGUCACUGUUGAUCUGGAUGUUGUGACUCGGAUGGAUUUGUUGGAAUUCUUUAGGGAAGAAUGUGAACAGAGAGAAGCUACAAUAGUAUAUGCAACUCAUAUUUUUGAUGGACUAGAGGCAUGGGCAACUCAUUUGGCAUACAUACAAGAUGGUGAACUGAGAAGAGCAGAAAAGAUAUCAGAUGUCAAUGAGUUGAAAUCUUCCACUAAUCUGCUAUCUGUUGUUGAGGACUGGCUCCGUGCUGAAACAAAAGGUGUAAAGAAGAAACCUGUCCAAAAGAAUUUUGCGAGUUCUCCAUUCUUUUCAUCCAGACACAUGGCGUAUUAUCGAUAGUCUCUUUGGUUGCUUAUAUUUUCAACAUUUGUCCUGGAGUAUUUGGGGGCCGGCCUUGGCUAGGUAUUUUAGAGUAGCUUUUCUAUACGUAGCAAGAGCUAAGUAUAAAACUAAGAAAAGCUACCAUUAAUGCUGAAGACAAGACUUAUGAAAAUAGUAGAAAGGAAUACACUUGUAUAACCUAAAUAUAUCAAAAACUGAUGGUCUAAUAAUUGCCAUCAAAUUUUUUGAGAUGUCAAAGUUUUAUUUACAAGUGCUACUAUAAGUAAAAAUAAUAUUUUUAUUUA